CUUGUCUUUCAUUUUCAGGUGGUUCUUCCCACUUUCAUUCUAGAGAAGCGGUCGUUGCUGGAGAUGUACGCGGACUUCAUGUCCCACCCCGAUCUCUUCAUCGCCAUCACGAACGGCAGCAGCCCCGAGGAGAGGAUGAUCCGCUUUGUGGAGUAUUACCUCACCUCCUUCCACGAGGGCCGCAAGGGAGCCAUUGCCAAGAAGCCCUACAACCCCAUCAUUGGGGAGACCUUCCACUGCUCCUGGAGGAUGCCCAAGAGCAACGUGGCCACCGAUGCUGGCACCAACUCCUCUGCUCACUCCCCCUCGGAGCAAGUAACUCUGCCUAAAGAUGCGGAAGGCCAAGCUGAGCCGGACUAUUACACGGUGAAAUUCGUAGCUGAGCAAGUGUCCCACCAUCCUCCUGUCUCAGGGUUUUAUGCUGAGUGUGUAGAGAGGAACAUGUGUGUCAAUGCCCACGUCUGGACAAAAAGUAAAUUCCUAGGAAUGUCAAUAGGAGUGACAAUGGUUGGCGAGGGUAUCUUACAUCUCUUGGAACACGGAGAAGAAUACACCUUCUCUCUGCCCUGUGCAUACGCCCGCUCAAUUUUAACUGUUCCUUGGGUAGAGCUGGGAGGAAAAGUCAACAUUAACUGUGCAAAAACUGGGUAUUCUGCAAGUAUUAACUUUCACACCAAGCCCUUCUACGGUGGCAAAUUGCAUCGGUGAGAACAUUUUGUUUGUUUGAAAUAAGAUUGAUCUCAUUUUUGGAGAACUGAAGCUUGCAUGUAGUUCUGUUUCACUUGGUGCAAUUUGAAAGUGACACAUCAUUUGGGUUUUUUUCCAGGAUGUAUCUUCCACUUUGCAAUAGCUAUUCUUGUGUCAUAAGAGAUAAGUUAGAGGAUGUAGUUUUACUUCAGUGAUUUAAUUUGGAAACUGCUUUGUUGUUUGCCUCUCUGAAGUUAGUCACAGAUGUAGAGGCUUUUUAAAGAGAGAUCUGUUCAAGGUACUGUAACUAUUGAAAAUUUGACGUGGUGAUGAUUGG